UGAGGCUAUUCCAUUUAUCGUUCCAGAAAGGGGUGGAGCAAUUCUGCUGCCGAGGACGACCAGAACCCCAUCCAGCACGAGCCAACCGAGGUCAAGAUGUCGAAACCAAAGAGCCAACAGCUCCCUCUACACAAGGUCAUCAUGGUGGGGAGUGGAGGGGUCGGCAAGUCGGCGCUGACCUUACAGUUCAUGUACGAUGAGUUUGUCGAAGACUACGAACCGACGAAAGCAGACAGUUACCGUAAGAAAGUCACUGUAGACGGCGAAGAGGUUCAAAUAGAUAUUCUAGACACGGCGGGCCAGGAGGAUUAUGCUGCAAUAAGGGAUAACUACUUCAGAUCGGGAGAAGGAUUUCUAUGUGUCUUCAGUAUAACAGAGCAAGAAUCGUUUGCUACAACAACAGAAUUCAGGGAGCAGAUUCUUCGAGUGAAGCACGAUAAAACAGACGACCAGAUCCCCUUCUUACUGGUGGGCAACAAAUCAGACUUGGCAGACAAGCGGCAAGUGAGCGAGGAGGAAGCAUCAGAAAGAGCAAAGACAUGGAACGUACCCUACGUAGAAACGUCAGCCAAGACAAGAGAAAACGUGGAUAAAGUCUUCUAUGAUUUGAUGAGGAAAAUCCGGGACCAAAAGGCGCUGGAGACACAAAAGCAGAACGGCAAGAAGGGCAAGAAUAAAACGUCAGAGGGCAGACGAAAGAGAAAAUGUAUCAUAUUGUGAGGAAGAGAGGGAGGGGGCGAGGGAGGGAGGUAGACAGUCGGAUUAACCAGACCAUUUUUGUAAUGGUCUAUUUAUUUCGCCUCUUUUUUAUAUAAUAUACAUUGAUAUGAUGUAAAAUGCAAACGUAGGAGCCAGUCUAUUUCACAGGCAUUGCAAAGUUUCUAUUGUGUUGUAGUAAGGACUCGUUCCCAUAUGACUCUGUAAACUGCCGUGACAAAAUAAAAAAAACUACCCAGUAUUUUGUGAAUGGAUGGCGAUGGGGUAUAACAAAAAAGUGACUUCAUGCAACUAAAAGCCCCUAAGUGUACUCACAUAUUGAUGUGAUAUAAGAUACUUUAAUAUCUCGUUGUAUUUUGCUACAUUGGUUUUCUUUGUUUUGAGGUUGUUACACGUCACAUAGGAACGAAGACUUGAGAGUUGUUUGGAAUCGUCUGCAGGGUUUAGCACCUCACGAUUCCUUGCAGACUUGGUGUUCUUUCUGAUCAGAGGGCAUGUCUUGCUGCAACGACAUCACUUAACAGAGAUACCAUGCAGAGGAAAUGAAAUGAACAGUCUUUGC